UCAUUGUUAAGAGAUGCUUCCCACCAUAUAGAGCCAACCGCUCCUACAAAGGGUUUUGGUAAGAUGUAAUGUUUUAACCUUUUUGCUAAAACAUUUUAUAGUAAAGAUAAGAGGGGAAUGGGCUCAAAAUGGACUGAGAUGAUUUCCAUAACUGGAUUAUAGGGGACUGUCACUGUAGAGUCUUACCUGUUACCUGCAGAAAAUCACAUUGCCUUUGUUUCUACAUAUUUGUCUUUGUUGCAGAUUCUGAGAAACAUGAUGUAGUAUUUCUUAUUGAUGGAUCAUCUGACUCACGAAACGGCUUUGAAGAGAUACGAGGCUUUGUUGAACAAAUGGUUGAAAGUUUAAAUCUAGAUGAGAACAGAGACCAAGUGGCUGUUGUUCAAUACAGUCGUGAUGCCACAGUCAAUUUCUACCUGAAUUCCUAUUCAUCCAAGAAUGAUGUGCUCAAUUCCAUUAGAACAAUAAGGCACAAGUUGGGGAGACCCCUCAACAUUGGCAAGGCACUUGAGUUUGUCAGAGACAAUGUCUUUGCUGCUUCAGUUGGAGGCAGACGUGCAGAAUCAGUCCCUCAAUAUCUGUAUGUAUUUAGUGGUGGGCGUUCAGAGGAUGAUGUCAGAGGACCGGCACAGUCACUCAAAGAAAAUGGGAUAAAGACUUUUACUAUUGGAACACAGAAUGCCGAUACCUUGGAGAUGCAAACCAUCUCUUUCACGCCAGCACAUUAUUUUCAUGUUGCAAACUUUAACAAUCUGCAAAGCAUAGAUCCAUCUGUGGAAGCCACACUGAGGGGUGCUCAAGAAACCACUGAAUUCCCAACUGUUAUUGACACUUCCACAAUUGCAGAAUUAGAACUCCGGAGUGCCGAUGUUGUUUUUCUCCUUGAUGGAUCUGAUGAUAUGAGAGCAAGUGAAAGACAAAUUUUGGAUUUUGUCAGAGAUCUUGUCAAGCAAAUACAAAUUGGGCGAAGCAAAGUACAAGUUGCUUUGAUUCAGUAUAGCACAGAGCCCACUACGGAUUUUUUCCUGAACACGCACUCACUGAAAGACGAUGUCUUGAGUCAUUUGGACAAUGUAAAACUGAAAGGAGGGUUCACUGUGAACACAGGUGUUGCCCUUGAUUAUGUGAAGAACAAUGUGUUCACUGCUUCAUCUGGAAGCAGAGCCCAGCAGGGAGUCCCACAGAUUCUGAUUCUCUUAAGUGGGAGAAAGUCAGAAGAUGAUGUCUUAGGUCCUGUGGACAGACUGAGAAAUGCUGGAAUUGUCAUUUUCAGUGUUGGAGUGAAUGAUGCAGAUAGGCUGGAGAUGAAGCAAUUAGCACACAGUCCUGGAGCAGAGUAUUUUAUCAAGGAGAUUUCUGACUUUCCUCUUGUGAGGGAACAGUUACUCUCAGGCAUUGCAUCUGACAAAGGCACUGUCAGACCUGUAGGUUCAAGCUCCAAUAUGAGUAGAGAUAUUGUCUUUCUCAUUGAUGGAUCUGAUCAUGUCAGGAGUCGAUUCCCUGCUAUACAGAAAUUUGUUGCAAAAAUUGUUGACAGCUUUGAUCUGAACCAAGGAAAAGAUAAAGUUGCUGUUGUACAGUAUAGCAACAAUGCUGAACUCAAUUUCAAUCUGAAUACAUACAACACAAAAGAUGAUGUUCUUAAGCACAUCACAACCUUGAUACCAAAAGGCGGAAGGCCUCAGUAUAUUGGAGCAGCACUUCAGUUUGUGAAGGAUCGUGUCUUUGUUUCAAAUGCUGGAGGUCGACAUCAUGAAGGUGCCAAGCAGAUACUUGUGAUAUUGGCUGGUGGAAGAUCUAGAGAUUCUCCACGAGGCCCAGCAAAUAUGCUUAAGGCCGCAGGGGUUGUCACAUUUGCAAUUGGAUCAAGAAUGUCAAAUUCAGCUGAGAUGCAAGUCAUGUCCUCUGACCCAAAUUAUGUUUACUCAGUCGCUGACUUUGUAAAUCUCACUAGUAUUCAACAAAGUUUGAUGAGUCAUCUUACUCAAGUGGGGGUUGAGGAGGAAACUAAAGCCGAGCAAAGCGAUGAAAAGGGACGAGAUAUUGUUUUUCUUUUGGAUGGAUCUGAUAAUACCAGAAAUGGAUUGUCAUCAAUUCAAGAUUUCCUGUACAAAGUAAUAGAAAGAUUAAACAUUGGACCAAAUGAAGACAGAGUUGCUGUGAUUCAGUUCAGCAAUGUGGCAGUAGCUAAUUUCUUUUUGAAUUCAUUCAUGAGGAAGGAAGAUGUCCUAACAGCUGUCAGAAGGCUCUCACACAAAGGUGGAAGACCUCUGAAAAUGGUGGAGAGACAGCCAACAGGAAGGGAUGUUGUGUUCUUGUUGGAUGGAUCUGAUGGUACUAGAAGUGGAUUCCCAGCUAUGCGAGACUUUGUCCAAAGAGUAGUAGAGAAACUCAGUGUGGAUGACAACAAAGAUCGUGUCUCAGUGGUUCAGUACAGCAGAGAUCCAGCUGUCCAUUUCUAUCUGAACACGUACACGACAAAAGGCGAGAUCCUUGACACUGUCAGAGGUUUGAGGCACAAAGGCGGAAGACCACUCAACACUGGAGCAGCUCUCCAGUACCUGAGGGAAAAUGUCUUCACGGCCUCUGCCGGAAGCAGGCGCCUGGAAGAAGUUCCACAAGAACUCUGA